CACGUAGGGCCUGGCCAGUCCGCUCCUGCGCUGCCCUUCGCAGCGACUCCUGGAUCGUGUGGUCAGGCGCUAUGCAGAGGUGGCCGACGCUGGCAGCAUCUUCAUGGACCAUUUCACCGACCGCGACAAGCUGCGCCUGCUCUACACGCUGGCUGUCAACUCACACCCCAUCCUCCUACAGAUCUUCCCUGGGGCUGAGGGAUGGCCGCUGCCCAAGUACCUGGGCUCCUGUGGCAGAUUCCUCGUCAGCACCAGCACCAGACUGCUGCAGGAAUUCUAUGGUGCACCCCCAGAUCAGGCAGCCGACCUUGCCUUCCAGCUCCUGGGUGUCCUGGAGUCUCUGAGGAGCAACGAUUUGAACUAUUUCUUCUACUUCACCCACAUUGAUGCAGGCAUGUUCGGCGUCUUUAACAACGGGCAUCUGUUCAUCCGGGAUGCCAGUGCAGUGGGUGUCAUCGACAAGCAGGAAGGUACUCAGCAUGGGCCUGGCUGA